CGCGAUAUACAACUGAAUCUGCACCAUAUCAAUGUUGGAUAUGGAUGCACGGUCGUUUUUGGGUAUCAUUCCUUCCACCUUGAUGAUUGUCCAUGUUGACCACUUAAUAGUCUAUGCCUCAGCUCGGCCACAUCGACCUCGGAUCCUUCGAAAGCUUACGCAAGGUUGCCAUUGUCUGUCUUGUCUUCUUGGUGCAAGUGGAAAGGAGUCGCAACAGGAUCCUUCCUUGAUCCUUAUCUGGACGCAUUCUCAUUCUGCAAGAGUCAACAUCAACGACGUCGAUGCAUAAGUAGCUGCUCUUUGCUCCCUCGACAUCUCAGCAUGUCUUCAACCAACCAGUCUACUCCUCCUUCCAAGUCCUUUGCAAAAUCCACCACCACCUCUGUCGAAACUCCUUCUCCUGAUUGUGAGACGAACCGACCAAGAGUUUUCUUCAACAUGCAGAACCUCCAACGUCUUGCCUGGUUUUUCGCCGUAGGCUUCGGAGCGUCCUUCCUCCCUCGCUUCAUGGGCGCCAACGCCGCUCCCACCCUUGAGCUCUCCACCCGGGAUGCCCUUCCCGCCCUCGACAUCUUCUACAAAGGAGAACACUACGACGACACCACCGGCUACGCCUUUGAACUCUACGCUCAUGACGACUCCAUCGAUGACACUGCAGCCUUCGCCAGCUACAUGGCCGCAUACUCCGACAACACAACCAUCUUGUCCAAGCGCGACUGGUACAACUGCAAACACCUGAGCAAUCUCCAAACCUUUGGUUGCAAUUCCGGCCACGCUCUCGGCGGCUUCGUUUCGGCCACCGGUUCCGCAGCCAUGGGCAGUUAUGUCGGAACCCUGCUAUCCGAAGCCUUUUCCGGAGGCCGAGACAAUAAGAACCCACGCUCGGUGUGUCUCACUCGCGACGGCAAAAACCUUUGUGUGAGUUGGGCCACGUACACCGGGUCCGGAUUGAAGGGUGGGGAAAGUGGUGAUAUCACUUAUUAUUCCACUCAAUGCGCUUUGCAGGGUGGCAGUUCGGAAUUCAAGACGUCGAUGGCCGAUGGUGGAAUUCUGUACAUCUGUGUCAGUGAUAGAGCUGAUGGAUGUGGCAAGGGCGUUUGCGGACAGUAGAAUCUCUUUCGCAUGUCGAUUCCAACUCGGCCGGGAGGAAACAGAUACAUAUCAACAAGCCGAGGCAAAGGGGGUGAGUGAGCGUAGGGCGAUGUCUGCGGUACAUGUAUAGGGAAAACUUUGUUUACCAUGCCCUGACUAGCAGCAGCAAAGACAUUAGAGAUGGCCCAAUUUGCAAUCCUCUUGUAAAGCUUUUCCGUCUCCUGCACUCUCGCAGCUUCCUUGUUCGAGUUUCUCUGCUUGUCAUGGUUAAAAGCGUGACAUGUCCUUUAAUGCACUCUUACACGACACCUUGACUUUUCCACCUAUAUUCCGUCUCUGUCCUGUCCUCAUCAUAAGCCAAACUUUUUAGCAAACAGUAAAGCCUCACAGCACAAUAUAUCCUGCGCACAACCACGAACGAAACUACGCCUUAGCAGUCGAGACCGAUCUUCGAAGAAGAAGAAGAAGAGACUAAGACGUAGGUCCUUAAGCGCUCCCCCA